AUUAAGAAUAAAUCGAACGUUGUUCCUAUAGGCUGGUAAUUUAUAUAGCUUAUGUUAUUGUUAUUUAAUCAUUUUAUUUAAACAUUUAUAUUUAAAAGAGUUAUUAAAAAAACAAGAAUGAAAUAAGUUUGAAUGUUUCUUUGAUUAUUUCAUUCCUUUGCAAUGCUUCAUCAUAUCUGAGCUGUCGUGGCACUCAAUUGUGAAGAAGGAAGUUUGAAUUAAUUUAUUCAAUUUAAUUUUACUGACAUGAUGAACUUUUUGACAAGAGUUGUAUCAUUAUUUUUCGCCGGGGUAUUAUUUUCUCUUGUAUUGAAUCUUCUACAAUUCCAACGACAGAUAACAAUAUUCCCUGACUUGGUUGACAACGUAUUUUCUUCAACAUGGUGGGUGCCUCCAAGCUGUGGCUUUGCAGCUGCUUUGUUGGGGAUGUUUUACCCUUACACUGACAGACAUUUUGGAUUGUUCAAUGAGAAGCAAGAGUGGUCAGGUGUCAUGAGAUGUGUGGCAGUCUUUGUGGGCAUCAACCAGGCCAGCGCUAAAAUUGACUUUUCGAAUAGCCUGCAGUUCUCAUUGACCCUCUUGAUUAUGUCUUUUGGGUUGUGGUGGCUGUUUGACAAGUCAAUGGUAGGCCUUCUGCUGGGAGUGUUGUUUUCCUUUGUGGCCACUUUUAUGACACAACUUCUCGUUUAUUGGGAAUUAUUCAAAUACUCCAACCCAGACUUCGUUUUCGUUCGAUCCUGGCUUCCAUGCAUUUUCUUCUCAGCCAGUGUGACGAUGGGUCUCAUAGGAAGGCAGUUGGCAUUGUAUGAUGAAACCUUUCUGAAGAACAAAUGUCGUCUGACUAAAAAGUACCACAUGGAAUAACUUUACUGUGAUAUUGUCAUACCAAAGAUAUUAUUUUUAUUCAUAUUUAAUCUAAUAUACUUUUCAGAUAUAGCCAUUUUAGUUUAUUUUCAUGUUCGCCAUCUUUCUAUUACUAUGUCUUUCUAAUAAAUUUUCUCAACGUU